AGUAUAAUAAUUUAAUGCCAUGGGGCAGGGCAUGUGAAACACGAUGAAAUGGUAUUUAAUUUUUUUUAAUAUCCACUAUAAUUCAGAAAUAUAUUCUAUAUAUACUCCAUUAUAGAUGCUUGGUGGUUUCAACUUUCAAGACUCGUGGAGUCAUGGCCUCAGCAUGUGCUAGCUCUUUCUUUCAAUUCCUUUCUAUAACCCUUCUACUAGUUACACUCUCUUCUAUGCUAUCAACAACCUUGGCAAGUGGAAUCUCAAUCAAGGAAGCAACUGUGCAAGAUCUCCAACUUGCUUUCCAAAGAAAGCAGUUAACAUCAAGACAACUUGUUGAGUUUUACCUCAAACAAAUCAAUAUCCAAAACCCAGUUCUCAAAGGUGUCUUGGAGGUGAAUCCAGAUGCACUAGCACAAGCAGAUAGAGCUGACAAGGAGAGAAGAGAAAAAGCAGCAGGUUCUCUUUCAAGGUUGCAUGGAAUACCUAUUUUGGUUAAGGAUAACAUUGCAACAAAGGAUAAGCUAAACACUACUGCAGGCUCUUUUGCACUGCUUGGCUCAGUAGUGCCAAGAGAUGCAGGUGUAGUUAACAAGUUAAGGAAAGCUGGGGCUAUUAUAUUGGGCAAGGCCACUUUGAGUGAGUGGUCACAUUACAGGUCUAAUGGAGCUCCUAGUGGUUGGAGUGCUAGAGGUGGACAAGGAAAGAAUCCAUACACGUUGGAUGAUCCUUGUGGCUCAAGUAGUGGGCCAGCAAUAUCAGUAGCAGCAAAUUUGGUGGCUGUGUCACUUGGUACUGAAACUGAUGGCUCCAUUUUAUGCCCUUCAUGUAUGAACUCAGUAGUAGGCAUCAAACCAACAGUAGGUCUCACUAGUAGAGCAGGUGUAGUUCCAAUUAGCCCAAGGCAAGACACAGUUGGGCCAAUUUGCAGGACUGUAUCAGAUGCUGCUUAUGUUCUUGAAACCAUAGCAGGUAUUGACCCUUUUGAUAAGGCAACAAUUGAAGCAUCAAAGUAUAUCCCAAAAGGUGGCUAUGCUCAAUUUCUAAAGAAAGAUGGAUUGAGAGGAAAGAGAUUGGGAGUGGUAAGAUUAUACUACGAGUUUGGAAAUGACACCUUACUGGAUAAAACUUUUAAGCUACACCUAAACACGUUAAGGCGAAGAGGUGCAGUUUUGAUUGACAAUUUGAAGAUUGAUAACAUUGUUGAAAUUUUCACUGAUCAAAGUGAACAAAUUGCCUUGAAUUUUGAAUUCAAAUUAUCCUUGAAUAAGUACCUGAAAGAAUUAGUUGCUUCACCAGUGAAAAGCUUGGCAGAUGUGAUAGCCUUCAACAAGAAACACCCAAAAUCGGAGAAACUUGAGUAUGGCCAAGAUCUCAUGGUGCAAGCUGAAAAGACAAACGGAAUUGGGAAAGCAGAGAAACAAGCAUUAUUAAAUAUGACAAGAUCGUCACAGAAUGGGUUUGAAAAACUGAUGAAAAGAAAUAAACUUGAUGCUGUGGUAAUACCUUUGGCAUCCUUUAGUAACAUACUUGCCAUUGGAGGUUAUCCUGGAGUGAUUGUUCCAGCAGGAUAUGAAAAGGAUCAGCCAUUUGGAAUUUGCUUUGGAGGUUUGAAAGGCUCAGAUCCAAAGUUGAUUGAAAUUGCUUAUUCAUUUGAGCAAGCAACUUUGAUCAGAAAGCCACCUCCCCUUCGGAAGUUAGAAGUUUGAUCGAACACCCCUCCAAUUCCCAUGAAUAUGACUGCUUCUUCUCGUCCACUAGAAAAUUGAGUUUAAGAGCUUACAUUACAUGUUUUGUAAGAAAGUCUAAAUUAUAACAUUAUUGAUUGGUCUGAAAAUCAACGGGACAAUUAGGAUUCUACAUGUAUGAUGAGAAGUUCACCAAAUAAGAUGGCUUUAACAGAAAAUGCAACAGAUAUUGACAGAUUUGUUAUAUCUAAAAAUUUGAUGUAGUAAAACAGUUCGUACUACAUUAUUCUGCAUUAUCAAAUCAUCGAUUUCAGGUUGAGC